AUGUUCAAAAGCUUCUUUGGGUCGAAGGAACCCACUCUCUCGAGGGAGGAAAUGACAAAAGUCGUUUUGAAGCAGGCGCACGAUUUCGAGAUCGCGCUGAAGGCAAUGGACUACGUCCUCGACGACAGGGCCGAGCAGGGGCUCUACCUCUUGGAACAACAGAGGAAGCAGCUCACACAGGACCCCAAUGCCGACGAAACGAUUAAUAUCCUCGCUAGAGGUGUCAUCGAGUUCUUAGAGGCCACACUGUCAUUCGAGAUCAAAGAGAUGAAAAUCGCAUCAGAGACACUAGGUAAAGCGGAACAGUUGUCCCUCAAGUCAAAGGCUCGCGUGGAGAAGGAGAAGAUUAAGAGUAGCUCCGUAUACCCGCCAGGUACUCUGUACGCAGUCACAUACACGGAGUCCUGCCUGCUGCAUGCGCUGCUGAUGCUCUUCAGCGAAAGCAUGAUGGAGGCAGCAAAGGCCGUGUUGAAGCUCAGAAAGGCGUACUACACUCUACAGGAGAUCUUUGAAACCAUAAAGAAGGCUAGGGAACAGGGCAAAAAAACCGCCUCUACCACCAACACCACGACAACGGGGAACGAUUCCUCACAAAGAAGUCACUCGUCCUCCUCAGCUUCGUUCAUUUCAAUGGACGGUAAAGAGUUUGUGUCCGCUGAUAUCCCGUACAAACUCUCUCAGCAGGAGCAAAAGGACAAAGAAAUCCUGGAGUACGCGGAACUGGUCCACACUAUGAAGACUGCAAGGCUUUCAGGGGGCCACAUCGACAAUUCCCCAGCGAUCAACAGACUUAGAGACGAGCUUGGCCUCGAGGCGUUGAACAACCUCCCAAGGGAAAGUGUUACGGAACACACGUACUUGUCUCACGACAUCGAUGACAGUCAGGCAACGGUAGACGAGUUCAUCGACUCCGGUGUCAGCCUGUGUUUUGGUAUCUUGCAAGUAGUGCUCUCUUUGCUCCCACCGGCUAUCGGCGCAGUGUUGUCCGUUAUCGGGUUCAAGGGGUCACGCGAGGAGGGGCUCAGAUUGGUCUGGAGAUCCACUAAGCAGAGAAACGUCCACGGCUGUAUUGGCCUUUUGGCACUGAUGUUCUACUACGACGGACCGUUCCAAUUCACGGACGAUGAUUUCGACAUCCCUGCAACAACAUCGCCAACCCAACCAUCGAGGCCAAUGUCUCCCUCGUUGUCCCGGAAAAGCACGGAGGAAACGAUCGGGUCCCGCUCAGCGGGUACGCGCUCAGUAACGUCCCAGUCCGACAGUAAAAAAAUGACCAAGCUCUCCUCCGCGCAAUCCUCGGCACACCAGCAACAGGAGGGAAACAGUGUGGAUACCAUGGACGAACCAACACUGCUGCAUCCAGGGAAGAUCCUGGAAAAGGCUCUGCUCCAGGCGAGAGCUUUGUUUCCAAACAGCGCUCUAUGGUUGCUGAAUGAGGCUCGCAUGCUGUCCGGUAAAGGUAGACUGCGGGAGGCAGUCCAAUUGAUGGACUCCAUUGAUGUGAACCACAUCCACAUGAGACAGGUCAAAGUGUUGAUGAUCUUCGACCGUGCUAUUACGUUGGUCCACCUCCACGAGUACGAUAGGGCAGCAGACGACUUGUUGGCAUUGAUAGACAUCAGUGACUGGUCGCACGCUCUAUACACGUAUUUUGCAGGGUGUUGUUACCUGGAGAACUGGAGAAGGUGCACCAUGGGACUGAUGGACGAGAAGAAUUCAAAGGGUGCAGAGUGGUACAAGACUAACGCGACCAAAUUGAUAUUCAGUGCGUCAGAUCAUUUGGGGAAGAAGACCUUCAAAGCGAAGAACUUACCGCUCGACAGAUUCAUGUUGAGGAAAGUGGAGCAGUUCCGCAGCAUGCAAAAGAGUUUGAAAUUGGACGACCCAUUGGACGCGAUUGCAACAUCCCCUGUUCACGAACUGGCAUACUUCUACAACGGGUACAACAGAAUGACUCAAGACGGCCUACAGCUGACGAUGAAGAUGUUGACAGAAUUCACCAACCCGGCUAUCGAGGCGAAGAACCCGGACCAAGAGCUCAUCAAGGACAUCCUUGUCUCGUUGACUCUAAGAAGACUGGGCAAGAUCCAGGAAGGCUGUGAUAUCCUUGACCAGAAGGUUCUUCCACAACUGUUCACCAUGGAGUACGGGAAAGUGAAGUACGUCAAGAAGACGGAGGACCCAUGGGCUUACCCAACUGCAUUCUAUGAGCGCGCUUUGUUCUGCUGGAAACUGAACGGAAUGAACGAUUUACCAGAGAGUAGAGAGUGGCUUGUGAGAGCACAGAACUAUGCGGCCGAUUACGAGUUAAGUACCCGUGUUGGGAUGAAGAUCAAAGCUGCCCUGGACAGAGUAGAACACUCUAUGACUUAA